GGAUUAAAGGUCUUGCUAAACAACCCCUCGAAGACACACCGGUUUGAAAAUAACGUCAGAUAAUGAAGUACCUCUUUGUAUUCGCUCAAUCACAUGAACAGUUUAGUGUGCUAGAGCUCUCGAUAUCUGAGCCUCAUGGUUUUACGAUAGGCUUUCAUCAAUACGACAACAACCUCGACAAGGCUAUCAAACGACCAUUCGUGAUCCUGAUGCUGGACAAAGAAGAGCAGGCACAUAUUUUGGCUCAGAGAUGCAUCCUGAUAAAAUGUGUCUAUAACAUUCACUGUCUGCUCGAGAGAUGCCUAAUCAGUUCUACGCCAAGGGCGCAUCCCACGAGGUGCUGCAUGAACAAAACAGCCAAGCUCGUUCGCAAUGGGAGCGAUACGUCUCAUCGUUCGCGGCAUAGCGGAAGACACCGAAUCAGCAGCAAUAGAAAAAGCCCUAGCAAAUGAAGACUUGGAGCCUACUCGGACAAUUCCAUGUUGGACGGAAGUGUAGGGGGUGCAGCCGUCUUAAUGAGAGAAAGCGAGGUGA